AUGAAAGGAUUUUUAGAUCUUCCGAAUGAGGUACUCAGUCAGAUAAUAGACAACUAUCUGGAUUUAAAUGAUAUUUAUUUACUUAGAAUCUGUAACAAACGUCUCCUAGAGUUGUCUAGAAGCAUUGUCCUCAAUAGCAUACAAAUGAGAUUGUUUGGAUUGACUGCAGGUGUACACACGACUAAAGUAAUAGAGAGUGGCCUCUUCAGUUCGAGAAAUUGCCAAUCCGUACACUCGUUAUCGCUGAUUAUUGGUCCGCCAAACAACGAAGAAGAAGAAGCGGUUGCUAAGGAAAUGGAGAAUUCAAUGGAUUUUGCGGAUGAAAGCGAGAUUUCCGAGUUGAUAGUCAGAUUGCAGAGGGUACAAAAUGUCAGGCUUCACUUAUCUAACACACCGCAAUGGAAAGAAACUGAAAAGGAAGCAUUUCAACGUUUGCUCUAUUCUCUGGCUACACUUAGAAGGUUGAAAGAUCUGACGAUAUUAUCCCCUGGGGGGUUAUGGGAAGCGAUGAUAUUACCACCUAUACAGACACUCGAAUCUCUCACUAUCAGAGGCGAUAUUCCUAACAAAGCAAUACUCGGAUCCUGCGUCGAAAACAGUCGGGCUUUACGUCAACUUAGAUUGCCUAACGAUGAUCGCGAGACAUCAGAAGCUCUUGAAGGGUUAUCAUCGAACACACUACCAGCACUCGAAUUUUAUGAAGGUAGAUCUGAUGAUAUUGUCGAACUGACGAACGAAAAUGUUGCACCAAAUCUCAAGAGACUUCGCUACAUUCCUCACAAAGAGGGUGACAGUAGUUUAGAAGAAGUACAGUCCACUUUGAGCGUUUUGGAAGGUCGCCCAUUAAGCUCAUUCGCCUACGAGACACUCUUUACUAUGCAAUUCAACGAAGUCGUUAAUUCGCUCACGCCAUUCAAAGAAACAUUGACAUCUUUGGCUAUCGGAAACACCAAUGCGUUAGCACCGCCUGAAUUGACAUUGGAAGAGAGAUUGAUUGGUGAAAUCAGAUUCAGUUCAGCCUUUGUUGACAAUUUGCCUAGGUUGACAACUGUAUGCUUAACUUAUGCUACUGCUGAGGGUAUGCCACAUCUCCCUUCGGGUAACUCAGGUACCACUACCCUUCCAGAUGGCAGUAUAGCAACAUAUUUCGAUAGAGUAGCCGCCUUGUGGUUCAAGCAACUUCCUACACUUUGCGGUGUCGGUAUGAUCUUCCUCGAUGGUACACCAUCUAAAGCUUGGUAUGCUACCGUCUUUGGUAUCGAUCAAAAGGGAGAGAGUUUAGAUGUAGAUGAUAGCUGGAGACGUUAUCAACCCUUCCCUGAGGAGCUUGCUCUUCCGGCCAUCCAGAGCUGGAUCGAAGAACUGUAA